UGUUUGAUUUCUUGUAAAUCUAAUUUUUGUUCAAGUAAAUAUUGUAAUUUCAUGUCGAAACUUUCAUCUAAAGUCUGAAGAAUUUACUUAUCACAAAUUUUGCUACUGAAAGAUACUAUUGACCCUCUUUGUGCGCAAUCGUAGGAAGUUCUUUUUUAGCCUUUUAUGGGUUCCUAUUUUGGAAAACCUGUCGAUGAAAAUUUUAAAAGAAAUCAAGAAUUUAUAAUGCAGUUACAGAGGUUACAACUGGAAAGACAGAUUCAUAUGAGAAAUCAAAUCAGGGAAAGAAAACUGGCUUUGAAGAUUGCUAAAUACAGAGAAUUUUUCUAUUGGGUUGGAACAUUCUAUGUACUUGCUACUGGCUCCACAAUAUUUGCGUAUCAACGAACCAAAAAACCUGCAGUAUUGACUGCAUUGUUGCCUUUAACAUUCAUCUUUCUCUAUCAAGGAGAUCUUGCAUAUGGAAAUAAAUUACAAAGAAUUAACAGUGAAGCUGAAAACAUUUUACAGUUUGAAGAGCAUUUAUUGCAUUUGCCUUUGGGACUUCCUAAUUUUGACUCGAUUGAGGAAGGGCGUCAGGAACAACAAGAUGAAGAAUUUUUGACUAAGGCACAUGACAUAUUUCUUUAAAACAUCUGUGAUAGAUUUUUGUUACAUUUUUCAUAGAUAUUUAUAAAACAUUGUUAGAUGUGUGUAGUGUUUGCAGAAAAAUACCAAAGCAUCCAAGGUAGUUUCUUUCUAUUUAAAUUUACAGUGUCUUUCAUAACUAAUGAGCUAAUGUCAAAGAGAAUCUUCAUAUACUAGUAUUAAUAUAGAUCUGGCUGUUAUGUAUUUUAAAUUAAAGCUGCUUUCAGCUACUAACAUAUCUGACUCCUUACUAACACUAAUGUGACUCUUUGUCACAUUAGUUGAAGCUAUUUGGCUUGUUUUCUGACUCUUUACUAACACUAAUAUGACUCUUUGUCACAUUGGUUGACGCUAUUUGGCUUGUUUUUAGAUCCAAAUUCAAUAUUUUGAGAGUUUAUCAAUUAAGAAAUUCAAUGCAUUAAUUAUUUUUAUUUUAAUAAUAAAAAAUGUAUAGAAAAUGAAAGUUUAAUCAUAGUCUUUAAUUCAGAACUGUAUAGCAAAGAUAAAAACUCUUAUGAAUGUUAUAAUGUUAUUAUUCAAGCAAAUGAAAUUUAGAAAAAAAAAUUAACAAUUUUCUGGAAUUUAUUGAUUAGGGUUAUGUUUAAGAAUUUAUUAAUUUAUAAUGUGACUAUUUUUUUAAUGAUAGUUCUGAAGGUUUUUAGUUGCCAGUGAAUCAACCAGAUU